AUGUUAUCUAUCAUUAUCGUAUUCAUCUUCAUCAGAUCCAACAUUAGGGCUGCCGCCCACCCAUCAACCCCCGUAACAAUAUUAGUGGGCAGAAGAGCUCUCGGCGGCAUACUUCCAAUACCGCUCGGCAGAAGCUCUACGGAGAUCCUUGCCCUUCCAUGUCAUGAACAAAAAGGUGAGAGUGCAGCCCAAGGCAAGGAAGCCAGCCAUGAUGAAGCAGUUUUGGAGACCCAUGUUGGUAUACCAGGGCGUGAUUCCAUAGGCAAUGGCGAAACCCAUCAGGUUGCGGACCAGGAUAACAGCGGUGGUGGUGUCGCCCGAGAUAUCCUUGUAGCAGUCAAUGUUGUACGAGAGAGCAACCGAGCCACCAGCUACGACACUGGCAGUCAGAAUACCGAGACCGACGGCCAAAACUGCCCAGUGAGCGUGAUGCUGGGCACCAACACCCCACAUGAUAAGGCCGAUGGCUCCCAAGACAGCCGUCACAAGAAGGGGCCAGAGACGGUGCUCGGGCUCACGGACGCCGUUGUUCCGGCGGGCAAGCCACAAGGUGAACUUAUCGGCAAUGGAACCAGCCCAGUAGCAGCCAAUGGCCGCGCCGACGAUGGGACCGGUGUAGAUGGUGCCGACAAGACCGGAAGACCAGUUGUAGGGAGCGUUGGCGAGAACAGGGCUGGCAGUUCCGUUCAGGACUUGGUACCAGCAGAGGUUGAUGCCGUAGAUGAAACCGGCCCAGAGGACGAUGGGGAAUUGGUAAAGGUAAAUGAAGGGCAUAUACAUGGUCUUGAGCAUGUGUUGGUAGGUUGGUCGGCCGUCCAUCUUGCGGAACCACACGAGUUUCUGGGCGAGGGUGGGCUUGACGUAGAUGGCAGCAGGAGAUUCGCUGACGGUCUGGCUCGAGCUGCUGCUCUUCUCUCCCUUCUCUCCGGCAUCGGUGGUGGGAGCAGCAGCAGCAAGCUCAUCCUGCUCAUCCUCCAGACCCUCCAAACCCUGGCGGAAAUACAUGGUCUCCUCCAUGAAGAAAAACAUGAUGAUGAAGGCCACGGCAGCGAAGAUGGCACCAAAGUACAUGGUCCACUUCCAUCCAUACGCCUCGUUGAACCAGCCGCCAAUCAAGGGAGCCAGGAAGUUGGAGCCGAAGAGCGAAAAGACGUACACGCCCAUCAUGGCACCGCGCUCAUGGGCAAAAAAGACGUCGGGGAUGCUGACCUCGGGUAA